AGUGGCCAGGACCCGGGACGUGUGAGUGCCACUGAAAAUCAGCUUGUGUGCCAUAGGUUGCGUAACCCUGCUCUAUGGCAUGCAGCUGGUAACAACAGAAUAUGCCCAUGAUGCUGUGAAAAUCAUAUAUUCACCCCUGCAUGUGAAUCCUGAACCUGCAGUUCUCCAGAAACAAGUUGCCUCUUUAAAAAUCAACCCAAAGAAUUUACACAGACAGGGCUGUGUUUUCGACAGACGUUGCAAAGAGAAAUAAGUGGAGGGCAGAUGGGCGAGACGGGAGGCAGAGGAAGAAAGAGAAGGGAACAAUUCCUCACUUCAAAGGGAACAUUUCUCCUUUGUAACGUCCUUUCAGAGGAAGUUCUGGGCCACUCUGCUCCGAUAACCAGGUUGCCUUAUUUGUAUCUGACAAUGCAUUAAAAAGGAGCCCUCUCUAAAACAACAGAUCUUGUUCCUCGCUCAACAGCUGCAGAACCUGAAACGUGCUAUAACUUUUUGGCUCGGAAUAUAAGCUUCCCUCUUCACCAGCUAUGACAGAGGAAAUUACAUAUGCGGAUCUGGAAUUUAAUAAAUCUUAUGCACUGGAAAAUAUUCCAAAGCCUCCCACUCCUGAGGAAAAAGGUCUCCUUACUUCAUUCCCAUGGCGUCUGGCUGCCCUGACUUUGCUCACAUUGUGUCUGGCAUUAUUGGUAGGACUGCUAGCCCUGGGGGUUGUGUUUUUCCAGGUUACCAACAUCUGCCAGGAAGAAAAUGUAAAACUCAAAGAGAAGGAGAAAGCGCUGCAAACAAAUUUCUCAAGCAGGCUGCAAGAAAUAACAGAGAGUUUGUGUCUGGAAGGGGAAGUGAAGAAUAAAAAUAAUGGAAUGAGUUGUACACUCUGCCCCACAAACUGGCAACGAAUGGGAGGAGACACCUGUUACUAUAUUUCUUCAGGGAAGAAGACAUGGGAGGGGAGUCGGACCUUCUGUGCCUCACAAAAUUCCACCCUUCUCAUGAUAAAAGACAAGGAGAAGCUGGUAUGUUCCCCAGCCCAGCCUAGUUUCCUUUUAUAUUUCUGUGUAACUUUCAGAAGUCUCCACAAAACAGAAAAUAUGUUUGGCUAGUGUAUCUCCAGCUAUUCAAUACCCGCAGACUCUGUACAGUAGGCCAGAUCCAUGUAAAUUAGCAUAAUU